GAUUUCACUGACCAUGUGAGUGCGACGUUGGAAAAGAUGGCUUCCUUCCUGGGUGUAAGCGCUUCUGGCUUUCCCCUCGACGUGGCUCUGGGACGAACCAACUCUCAAUCGAGCACGGGGGGGCGAGGGGUGGACACUGUCCAAAGACAUCCCGUAAGGAUCGGAGUCUAUGAGAUCUCUGGCAGAAGGCCAAUGCUGUGUGCCACAAGGCGCGUGAUCUACUCCAAGAUGCAAGACGUUUGCCGAGUGCUGAACUCCUCUUUUGCAGUGCGCUACGAUGCAUGCCUCGGCGGUGGAACUGGUGAAUGCACGGACAAAGGCAUUCAGACUGAUCCCGCCCGCGCCGUGACUACCAUGGCACUGCCAUUGAACAGCUUUCCAGCUUCCAUUGAAGAAGCACCCUCCAACUUGAUUGUGUUCGGAGGAUUCGCGAAAUGCAGCAGCUCGCACAUUUUUCGCGUUCUCCAGUCUCACCCAAAUACAGUGACUUUUGGAAAGCAGGUGGGCUCUCUGCCGGGAGCAGAGAUUGAGUUUGAGAUGGCUGCUUUCGCGAUCGCGAGGAAUUUGCAGAUCCCCGGAAAGCCCGUCAUAUCAGCUUGCACAGGAAUGCCUCUCAAGGUGCUGAAAGAAUGCCAGCGGCUCGUUGGCUGGAUCAGGGGCAAGUACGACAAUUCGACUCCAGCAGUACUCGUCAUCACGGACAUCUUCUUCCUGGAGAAGAAGGCGCUGGCACGGCGCUGGGCAGGAAAGGUCAAGCUGUUGUUUGUCGUGCGCGAGCCCGCGGAUUACUUGUGGGCCGCCUACAACUUUUGGAUUCUGCCCGGGGAGCCAAAAGGCUUGCAGAACGACUGGACAGACACGACGAAACACACGCGCAGCCCAGAGCUUUUCCAUGACUUGGUGGUCGCCGAUGGCAAGAUGCCCGCCUGGCAGCCGCGCUCGGACAAAGUGACUGGACUGUGGUUCAAUCUCAUCCAAGACCUGAAGAACGCGUCCGCGACCACUCUCGUUCUCAAGUCCGAGGAUUCCAUUGACCACGUGAGCGCGACUAUGGAAAUUAUGGCUUCCUUCCUGGGUGUGCGCGCUUCUGGCUUUGCUUUGGACGUGGCUUCGGGACGCACCAGCUCCCAAGCCAGCACGGAGGGUCGAGGUGUCAACAUCAUCCAAGAAGAUCCAGUAGCGACAGGAGUGUAUGAGAUUUCUGGAAGCAGGCCGAUGUUGUGUGCCACCCGGCGUGUGAUCUACUCCAAGACGCAAGACCUUUGCCGAGUUCUUAGCUCCGCUUUUGAGGUUCGCUACGAUGCAUGCCUCGGGGGUGGGACUAGCAAUUGCACAGACACAGGCGUGCACACUCCUGCCUCCAAGCUCACGAGAGCUUGGAAAAUUCAUCCCGCCCGCGCCGUGACUACCACGGCACUGCCAUUGAACAGCUUUCCAGCUUCCAUUGAAGAAGCACCCUCCAACUUGAUUGUGGUCGGAGGAUUCGCGAAAUGCAGCAGCUCGCAUAUUUUUCGCGUUCUCCAGUCUCACCCAAAUACAGUAACUUUCGGAAAGCAGGUGGGCUCUCUGCCGGGAGCAGAGAUUGAGUUUGAGAUGGCUGCUUUCGCGAUCGCGAGGAAUUUGCAGAUCCCCGGAAAGCCAAUCAUAUCUGCUUGCACAGGACUGGCGCUUAAGUCGCAGAAAGAAUGCACCCGGCUAGCCAGCUAUGUCAGGGGUAGCUACGACAAUUCGACUGCAGCGGUACUCAUUAUCACGGACAUCUUCUUCCUGGAGAAGAAGGCGUUGGCACGGCGCUGGGCUGGAAAGGUCAAGCUGUUGUUUGUGGUUCGUGAGCCCGCGGAUUACUUGUGGGCCGCCUACAACUUUUGGAUUCUGCCUGGAGAACCAAAAGGCUUGCAGGACGACUGGACAGACAGAACGACACACUCGCGAAGCCCAGAGCUUUUCCAUGACCUGGUGGUAGCCGAUGGCAUGAUGCCCGCCUGGCAGCCGCGCUCAAACAAAGUGACUGGACUGUGGUUCAAUCUCAACCAAGACCUGAAGAAC